CGACUGGACGCAGUAUUUACAAUUGUUUGUAUAUUGGCAACCGUUUUUCAAUAACUCAUCGAACAAUCCUUUGGAAUAAAAUGGAACCGAUUGGAGUAUCCGAAAAAUAUUAUCGAUGUGAUGACGAAUUUGUCUAUCAAAAAUCUGGCGAAAAUGCACAGACAAUUUAUUUGGACUGCAUGAAUGAACCAGGAUGCAUCGCUGGAGCGCGAUUUUAUAAAAAAGAUCGUCGUGUUGAGAAGUUUGGAACGCAUUCCGAUGAAAAACCAAAUGAAAGUGUCAUCAUGCGGAUCCAGUUCGAAGCCUUCUUAAAGAAGCAAGCGCGUUCAGCUCAAUAUGCUGGUCAAAGUGUACUGAAUUUGUAUAAAGCUGCACUGGCCGUACAGUUCAAAGGAAUUUGGCUCCCCAAUGACCAUAAAGCCUCGUUUUUGACAAAGUUGCGUCGCAUCCGCAAGUACGAGGUGGAAAAGAAGGACAAAGCAAAAGUUCAUCAAAAUCGUGAUGUUGUUUUGACCGUGGAUGCAGCAACAUCGCCUUUGACUGUGGAUGCAACAACAUCGCCAUUCACACCAAAUACGAUUGCCCAAGCCACUGUUGUGCCAACAAUUCCAUCGCAAAGAUCGCCUCAUAAGAAAGUGGUUUCAUCGGCAUUGGCUUCGAUCUCACUAUACACCACACCAGUGGCAACAUCAACCCGUGUUUUGAGAUCGGCCACUCAUUCUGUCGUCAAUUCAUUGCCAUCUUCUUCGCCAUCAUCAAACGUGAAAAAACCAUCUUCACGUGUGACGCAGUCAGUUGGCAAUGGAAAUGCUUUAAAAGCCACAUUGAAUCCGUCACCGCCACUGCAAAGUCGUACCAAAUCUAAGUUGGUAUCAAAUGGUCAACGAACACCAAAAGUUCCAGCUUUGUCUCCAUUCCAAGGAAUGGCAAAUGCAACUCGUUCAAAGAAGAAGGCGGCUAUUACGAAGGGCACUACGAAGAAGUCGGCCAUCAAAAUGAAUGCUAGCAAACGAGCCAGUCGGACCAACAAAACAAAGACUGUGUGCUUUGCCAGUCAACUUGAGUUGUGCCGACGUUCGUUGAUUUUUUCGCCAGCCAAUGAAUAAGCCGAAGCACAGCUUUGACAAUGCUCCAGCUGAAUAAAAAUACGCUUAACCUAAUGUUAUGUUCGUCAUC